CAGACUUUCCCAGAAAGAAGGCGACCUACAUACACAGACAAAUGUCGGGCGUAUUUGCGUCUGUGACCACAGCUUGACAAAAGGUAGUCGUGUGGAGGUUGUAGUCUUGUUUUGUGUUCUGAUAAUUUGAAGUUGUUGUUGACGACUGACACGAUGUCACAGCAGGGAACCAUACUGAGUACCAUAAUCUGUCUGCUACCACUGUUUUCACACCUCCAACCUGCGACAGGUGAGACGACAGGAGAGCUACUGGAGUCUGUUGCAAAGCAAACACAAAAUGGAAGUUACAACGAAAUAGUCUGCACCUUCAACGUGAAUGUCUCCCUCUCCCGCGUGGACUUCGUUCAUAAGACAGGGACAGCAGUGUUCGCCAUCGUGGACUGUGGCAUUUCGUGCAUCGUUCUCAGUUCCCACCAAGAUGUCCUCCGCAUCGUAUCUCCAGAGAAAACCAUUUCCGGUGACCGUUUUGUCUUUAAUGCCACGCACUCGGACAGAACCACAGGAACGUACACGUGUCACGGAGUUACUGCACCCCAUGUGGUCUACACUUCCCCGUCAGGGACUGGCCAUGGUGAUGGUGAUGGUCAUGGUGAUGGCGAGGAAAGUCAGAUGACAUCAGCUGCAUCGCCUCAGACAGAUGAGUCGUCGUCACACAAUGAUGGUGGAAGCUCUAACGGACUUCUUGCACUGAUUAUAAUUCCCAUCCUGCUGGUACUAGGAGUAGUCUUAUUCCUUCACUGGUGGGGAGUGAUUCAGAUUCCUGGUCUGCCGAAAAGUAGAAGAGAACCACGUGACCUGAGACGUAUUGUGGGGAAUCGGCUGCAGCCUGUCACUGGUUGCUGGGAAAGGACACGUGGUCUCUGGCAACCCACACGUGAGGACAACGAGGAUCCUCUAGAGCGCCUGGAGUCAAACCGCGAGGAAGAAGAGGCUUCUCAGGAAAAUAAACAGUUACUAGGUCACAAUGAAGAUAAGCUGUGUCUGCACCAUGACAAGAUAUCAUUUGAAGAUGAGAGUAACGACGGUAGUAAAGAAGAACACCCAUUAUUGCAGGAUGUGUGUAACAACACCAAGCACACUCAGGACGCUAAUGCUAGUGUCGGAGACAGUCAGACAUCACCACAAUCUACACUUUCACCUCACAGCACCGACACCAAAGAUGAAGACAGUGAUGUUGAGGACCGUCAGACAUUACAAUCUCUACAUUUAUCCAGCAGCACAAAGGCCACAGAUGUCGCCGCAGACCUGAGUUCAGCAUCUUUGUCACGUGACAACAUUCAGUAUAAAGAGGAGUCACCUCAUACAAAUAGUCAUUCAUCUACUCCUCACGACACAGGAACAUCAACAUCUAACCCAAAGCCACCUAUUCCGCACAAACCUGUUGACCUCUUGAAGAAGCUAUCGGUCAACCGACAUAGCCCAGUAAAACCUCGCAAUGCAGAGAGUGAAAAUGAUGAUGUAAACAAGAUAAACAUUAUUCGUAACCGUGACACACCACAAACAACUAGCACCAGGGUAGAAACAGAGCGAGGAAAACAAGAGAGCAUGAAGGGGCGAUCAAAACCAACACCAAAUACAGAAAGCAUGCAAGAAACAAAAGAAAGAGAAGGCGAGAGGGCAAGAGUCGAAAUGAAAGAAGAAGAAAGUAGCGAAGCAAAGUCAGAAACAAUAAACAAUGAGGACAUGAAGGGGCAGUUAACAACAGAACAAAAUAAGGAAGACUUGGGUGGACAGAAAAAGAGAGACGACGACAAAGAAGAAGUUAAAAUGAAAGAAAAAGAAACUAUGGAAAGAAAGUCAGAGACAGAAAGCAAGGAGGAUGCAAGACAAAAACAGGAGAGAAUUGAAGAAACGAUGGCGGCAAAGGUUGAGCAAGAAGAGAAAGAGGAAGCAAAAAGGGAAGUGGAGCAUGCUCAAGAAAUGAAAGCAGAGGCAAUGAGAGAGCAAACAGCAGACACGAGAGCAGAAACAGUGCAAACUAGCGAAGAAAAGAAAAGGGGCAGUAACGAAGACGACCGUGAGACCGCCUUUGAUGACGAUGGUGUCGAUAGAAGUAGAAAUGGUAAAGAUAAUGUCCCAGAGCUCAUCAGAUUCUAUAGCAAUCUGUCUACAGGUGAAGCAGGUAGUUGAGAAAAGGCAGAAAGGACUGUUGAUUUUUUUACGGUUAAAAUCUUAAGAACUGGUUAGAGAUUGCUUCCAAACAAUGCAACGAGAACUGUUUAUCGACAACAGUAGUACGCAGUGAAGUCAGAAGAAACUGUGUUUACUAACAAUCUGAACUAAUAGCUACACCAGCCUCCACCCUCAAUCUUUGAGAGAUGUUUUACGAAGUAACAUGGGGGAUGAGAAGUUGAUGUUGGUAAAAACUCACUUUUAAGGUUUUCAUCACCUUGUCUUCUGGGAUUAAAAUUUUUUAUUGCGACUAGUCGUAUGAUAUAACUCACAAGCCUGCAAACAACCCAUCUAUAAUCCAUCUUUCAUUACCUUUCAUAGUACAGAAAGAAAUAUCUUUGACCGACCAAUGUUAAUACGCUUACCACCAACGAAAAAGUAAAGUGUGAUUCUCGUAUACUUGUUAUUGUCACAUGAUCUCACCAUGUGACCUGUAGCUUUUGCUUAUCUAUACAUUGUUUAGAUAUGGCAGGCUUGUGUGCGUGUGUGUGAUUGUUUACUACUAUGAUGAUUCAUGUGGGUGCCCAGACUUCAUGUACAAAGUGAAACGGUCACACAUCAAAUAUCAUAUUGUGGUUAAUGCACUACAUUUGGAAGUAGAUGGUCGUGUGAUCAAAGCCUGUUUAAGACGGUAAGUGAAAGCUCUCUCUCACACACAGAAAUAAUUAUGAUUAUUCAUUGAGCCUGGGAAGCAGCGACCUGCCGACUAUAAUUGAAGUCAUUGUGUUGUUAUUUUGAACCCGUAGUUACAAUACUGAGGACUGUGCUUUGUGUCCAAAACUUUUUUAACUAUCUUUAGUUUGUAUAAAAAUCGUAAAUGGUGCACAGUUUGCUAGAAAUAUAUUACAGUUAUAUUGAAUCACCGAGUUCGCUUUAAUUCUAGAUGUUUCCAGCACACAAAAUUUUGUUAAAAACAACAUGCUUCCAGUUAAAAUAUUUCACCGGUG